AUGAUAACAAAUAAAAAUAAUAAAUUAUUAUUAGGUGAUAGAAUGAAAUCUUACGAAAAAGAAUUCUCUUAUAAAAUAGAAAAAAAUCAAUGUUUUCUAAUUCGUUUAGAUGGCCAUGGUUUUUCAAAAUUUACUAAAAGAUUUAACAAACCAUGGGAUCUCAGAAUUCAUAAUGCAAUGGUUAAAACAUCAGAAACUUUAAUGACCACAUUUAAUCCAACAUGUGUUUACACAUUUAGUGAUGAAAUUACCUUAUGCUUCCCAUCAGUACCAGAAGUCGAAGGUGAAUUAAUUCCAGAAACAAUUUAUUCAGGUAAAAUUCAAAAAUUAACAACACUUGCAGCAGGUUUAGCAUCAACAGUUUUUUAUAAAUCAAUUACAAAUGCAGAAUAUGACCCUGAAAAAGAUAAAGAUGUUAUUAAACUUUUAGAAGAAGCAACCCCAUAUUUUGAUUCAAGAUUAUUUGCUUUACCAAAAAAUGAUGAAAUUGUAAAUAAUUUAUAUUGGAGAAGUGUUGUAGAUUGCAGAAGAAAUAGCAUUUAUGGUUUAGGUAGAAAAUAUUUUUCAGAUAAGCAAUUAUUUGGUUUAAAUACAGAUAUUGUAAAAAAGAAAUUGUUGGAUGAAAAAGGUAUUGAUUACAAUGCCGAACCUGGUUGGUACAAGUAUGGUGUUUAUUUCAAAAAACAAAAAAGCAACGUCACUCUUAUUUCCCCAUAUGAUAAAAAAGAAGUAACCGUUUUAAGAACCAAACUUGUUAAUUUUUCAUUCAACAUUGGAGAAUUAGAUAAUAAUUUAAAUUUCAUAACAGAAAAAGUUUUACCAGAAGAUUAUAGUUUAAAAUUUAAAGAAAAAACAUUAGAAACAAAUGAAGAUAAUAAUAUUCAGGUUUAA